UGGGUUCCACGUAAUUUCCAUUUAGCAUUUUUAUCAGUUUUUUUUUUUUUUUCAAUUUCAAUACAAGAACCUUACUAUUCUUUUAACAUGGAUGUUGAAAAGAUUUUCUCUAAUUAAUGUUUGGCUAGCAGCUAUUUCUUUGGAUUUUCAUUGCUUGUAACUUCAUUUUUCAUUUUCUUGUUUCGUAUUUUUCAGUUUUACUGUAAUUUCGUAUCCGAUUGCUGUAGAUUUAUAUUCUACUUCAUAUUUCGAACCCAAUUUGAAUGAGGCCCAGUUCACCCAAAUGCAUGCUUGAAACAACCCAAAAGCAGUGCUUGUAUGAUUUCACGGAAGAGCUUCAUGUCAUCAGCUCUAAGCCAAACUGUUGCUGCGACAUCUUGUGAUGACUCAGAUGUGAUUCAAAGAAAAAAAAAAUGGAAUUCAAAUAUCAGAAUGUAUCUUAUUAUGUCAGGGACAUAUUGUGGUGAAUACAUUCGGGGAUAAAUACAGCCAUUAGUAUCUUUUAUAGUAAUCUACACAGCUCCCCGGAAAAUUUUAAUGGAAGUAAAUAUCAUACCAAGGUUGAUAAUACCGGGAGUUAUCGUAUCUUAUUGGGAAUUUAUUGCAGUAAAUUCGUAUAGCAAUGUGGUAUGUUCAAACGAUAUUUUGAAUUCUAUAGAGGCUAUUUAGAUGUGCCUUUCAUUGAUGGGACUUGUGCAGUUCUUUGAUUUUUUGUGUUUCUGUACUUUUAACCUUCGAUCUUGCUGCAGAUUUAUAGAGAGAAGUGGAAAGAAUUCUUUUGUAUGGCUUUCUUAAUUUCUAGAAAAAAUGAGACCCAAUUCGUCCGAAGCGUCUCUGCAAUUGUUUUGAAGGGGAAUUGGAAUCAUUUAUCAAAAACCCAGAUCAGUUCUAGCCUGACGUCUUCUGUGGUAAACCACAUUCUGCUACACCUUUCAAAAGAUAGCUGUUAUCUUUCGUGGGCUUUCUUCAAGUGGGUAGAAUCCCUUCCCCAUUAUCAGCACUCUUUAGAACCCUACUGGACCAUGAUUCAUCUCCUCACAAAGCAAAAACAAUUCAAAACUGCUCAGAAAUUGCUUGAGAGGAUUGCUUUUAGAGAUUUCCUUUCAUCACCCUCGGUUUUAAGUUCUCUGAUUAGUGGCAACAAAGACCCCAAUUCAAAUUCUCAAAUUUUGAGUUGGCUUGUGAUUCAUUACGCCCGCUCGAAGAUGAUCCAAGAUGCCCUCCAGAUAUUUGAUCAAAUGAAAAUCAAUGGAUUGAUACCUCAUCUGCAUGCUUGUAGUGCACUUUUGAAUGCACUCGCGAAGGCUAGACUCACUGCAACUGCAUGGAAAAUAUAUGACGAAAUGCUCCGAAUCAGGGUCGUUGCGAAUGCCCAUAUUUUUAAUGUCAUGAUCCAUGUUUGUUACAAGUUGGGGGACGUGGAGAGGGCAGAGAAGUUGGUGAAUGAGAUGGAAUGGAAGGGUGUUUUUCCUGAUCUGUUCUCUUAUAAUACACUGAUUUCACUGUUCUGCAAGAAAGGCAUGCAUUACGAAGCUUUGGCUGUUCCGGAACACAUGGAAAGGGAAGGCAUUUAUCCAGAUAUUGUAACAUAUAAUUCCCUUAUUUAUGGGUUCUGCAGAGAAGGUAGAAUGAGGGAGGCAUUGAGGCUUUUUAAGGAAAUCAAGGCUGUGGUUCCCAACCAAGUAACUUACACUACGCUGAUUGAUGGCUACUGUAGAGUGAACGACAUCAAUGAAGCAUUCAGAUUGCGUGAAGAAAUGGAAGCGAAAGGGCUGUAUGCCGGAGUGGUUACUUAUAAUUCGAUCAUACGCAAGCUGUGUGAGGAAGGAAAAAUGAGAGCUGCACAUGACAUGUUGAAUGAAAUGAGUGAAAGGAAGGUCGAACCCGACAAUGUCACCUGCAACACCUUGAUUAAUGCUUAUUGCAAGAGGGGGAAUAUGGAACUUGCAUGGAAAAUUAGGAAUAAGAUGUUAGAGGCAGGAUUGGUCCUCGAUCAAUUUACUUACAAAGCUCUUAUUCAUGGGUUUUGCAAGGUCCAAGAAGUGAAUGAGGCUAAAGAAGUCCUCUUUGAUAUGUUGGAUGCAGGAUUGUCUCCGAGUUAUAGCACCUAUUCAUGGCUUGUAGAUGGUUAUUGCAAGCAAGACAACAAAGAGGCAGUUCUAAAUCUCCCUGCAGAGCUUACAAAAAGAGGUUUCUCUGCAGAUACUUCUGUUUACAGGGCACUGAUAAGGAGUUUUUGCAAGAAAGGAAUGGUUGCUUUUGCAGAAAAAAUGUUCAGUCAGAUGCAAGGAAACGGUUUAUCCGGUGACACUCUUGUUUACACCAGCCUUGCCUUUGCUUACUUGAAUGCUGGGAAUCCAAAUGCAGCAUUAGAGAUGACUGAUGGGAUGGCUAAGAAUCGGUUGAUGAUAACUGCCAAGAUUUACAACUGCCUCAAUGCUUCUUAUGCUGAUGCAAAGGGCACGCUGGAUUUGUUUUGGGAUCUUGCCGUCGAAAAAGGCCUGAUUGCAAAGAAUGUUUUCAAGUUGAUGGAGUCGUCAAAAUCAAAGAUUUAAAAAAAUCUCCACAUCCAUAGAUGCACUGGUAGAAGCAGUGGAUGUACAGCAUGGUUGUCUGAAAUGAUCAUUCAAGCAACCUCACUACCAAGUGACCUGAGCACAUCUGCAGCUUGUCUAUAUGCAUUUGCGCAUGGUAUAAUCAUGGGUCUGUACUGAAAUUCCAGUGCAGGUGGUGACCAGUUCAAGAGUGCAGGAAGGCAAUUGUCAAUAGGUAGCCACUAAUGGGCUUUUAAGGCCUGGCCCAACGUCACAAGCUGGAUCUGGGUUUACAGGUACCCAUUCCUGUUACAUGCAAACAGGCCAGAUCACCAUCCACACUGCAUCCUUACUUCGGUCAGUGGUCCCCAGCUUGAGUAGGCCAUGACCUUGGAUACCUUCAUGAAGAGAAGAAAUGAACCCCAUGACUGUACUAUUGCAGAAUGAUGCACCAACAGCCUUUGAACUACAGGUGGAUGGACAUUGACAAAGUUUCUUUGCUUGCAAAUGUAGUGAGUAAAUUACCACUGGUUGAAGUUCUUCAAAAGCUAAUAAGCUUGCUUGUCCGGAAACAAUAUAUUCAUUUCCAUUCUUUUGUUUUUUCUUUGUAAUACUAACUAUGCAUGCGUAUGUUUCUUGUAGCGUCGUCCCAGUAUUUAUAAUAACAGCUACUUGUGCUUGUUCUGGUAUCAUUUUUGAAGUACUUGGUCUGCCAACAAGUGCAUGAUCAGUACAUUUGAGUCAACCCGUUUCAUCAAGGGC